CGGUCAUUGAAAUCCAUAUGGGGUGCACACAGCUUUUUGUCCACUGACUGUACGCGUUGCGGUGCCUUGGCAGAACGGCGAAGUGCUACUUUGCCAGGUCUCCAAUACUCUCCAGGGAGCAGAGCUCAAUGAUAUAAAAAGGACGCCACUCGAACGUCCUCGCCACUCAUCUCAACUCCAAUUCCAACCGCUGCCAAACCGCCAACCACAAACAAGAAAGGGGAAACGAAGAAAAUCAACCGAACGAUGAGGGUCAGCAUGGACGCUAACGUACAGUUGCCCGCAUACGAACCCGCCCGUUCCGAGCCGCUACUAACCAACAUAAGUCAAGAGGACCAUCAACCGCCGCCACCAAAAGAUGCCCUUGAUUUUUCGGACACCCUCCCACCGCCGCCAGCCUACGCCCCACCCAUCACGCGCUCCAUCGCAACUCCCAUCCGCGCCCACGACGUCAAACCCCAGCCGGGCUCCCGCAGAUUGAUGUUGGGCCAUCCGACGCCGUCACCCUCCACCUGCCCCUCCUGCUCGUCCUCCUCCUCACCUCCCGGCGGCGGCUACAGAGUCCGCGUGGUAGAAGUCACAGACUUCCCUGCAGAGAAACGAGAUAACUACGCUUUCGUCCGCCUGUCACGGCACGGUCACCAGUUUCGCACCUCCGCCCGCACACCCGAAUGGGCGAGACGUUCCCGUAUUCCCUUUGGCGAGACGUUCACCUUCCAUAACCCGCCGCCUGCGGGUGAUUCGGCAGGGGUUCGGCACGCUUCCAUCGAUUUCGACGAAGAGUCCAAACGAGGGUGUUCGAAGAUUCCGGCGUCGUGGCUGCUUGUGGAGAUCUUGGAGAUUAGCGGUGUGGCGGAUGACGGGAGGAUUGGGAGUGCGAGUGUCAAUAUCCUCGAAGGGGACAACGAGAACGGUUCAUGUGAAUCUUGUUGGGGGGUCGGGAUCGCCUCGUGUGUCGUUGGAUAUAUGUCGGUUAUGAGGAAUCACAUCGAGCGUGUUGUUGCAUCGAUUAGCGUAGAUCCCCAUCCCGGAGCCCAGUUGAUCUUUGAUACCCUGAAACCCUUUUCAGCAGCAAUAGACAUUCUUGUUGAUUGGAAACCGGUCCGCGCAUCUUCCCGCGUAUGCGUUGUUGCUUGUCCCAAUGUGGUUCUUAUGCGUGGGGACCCAGCCAAAGGCCCAUGCACAUCUCUCUCUCCAUAUUCAGAAUGUCCAUAUUCAGAAUGCAUGCAGGAUAAUUCCAGAAUGCCGUGA